GCUCUCGGAGCGCCAGUGGUGAGUGGAUAGUUCCCAGCUUGCAGCCGUACCGUCGCCACGACGUGUCAGUGACGGACAGUGACGUGCCAUGUGUACUUCGGACUGGUGUUAUCAGUGAAGUGACCACGCUUAUCAUGGAGACCAGACUCGUGUCCAGGCCUAGGUAUAGAUAAGCGGGACCAUUCAGUCCUUCAACAUGCGGAUUAAGAUGCCAGCGGUCCGUAUUGCCCAAGCGGACGCGGAGGGCGGCGGCCACCAGGAUAUCCUUACCUGCGGGGUCUGUCAGAAGUCCUUCGUGCUGGCCGAUAUCGUCAAGUUCAUCCAACACAAGGUGCUUGCGUGUAACAAGGAGAACUACAGCUGUGAGGCUGCUGCCGGAGGCGGAGAGUCCGCGGAUAGCGAUGACGGGGGCGGCGUCCUGGGGGUGGUCAACUCCCGCCGUCCCAGCAUCUCGGCGCCCAUCAAGAAGACGACACCUGGCCCGAGGCAUCUGAGCCCGGCACACUCCCACGAUGACGAACCACGAUGUUCCACCCCCAUCAAGCCCGAUCCUGACAGCCCUCCCAGGAUCAAGGAGGAGCUGGAUAUCACCUCCUCGCCCGAUGAGGGCCCCUGCAAGAAACUGAGGACUGAAGUCGCAGACGCUGAGUCUAACACGACGCACUCAGAACCCAGUAACUACGUGUGCUCCACAUGUAAACAGCGCCUACACUCUGCUUGGCGACUGGUGCAGCACGUGCAGACCUCCCACGGCAUCCGCCUGUACGUCGAGUCCUCGUCCACGAGCUCGUCUCCAGGCGGCGCCAAGACUCCAGGAGCUAACCACUCCAGUGGCUCCUACUCCAGCUGUUCCGCAUCCUCCUCCUGCUCUAGCAGUUCGGGAAACGGGAACGGCGGGCCUACCACCCCCUCAGGGACUUCGCUGUCCCUACCUCCUCCUUCGCGGCUCGGGCUGCAGCCUCCCACGUCCCCUUUGGUAGACCCGCAUCACCCCCUGCAUCACCCCUUCGGCGUGGGAGGCCUGCUGAGGAUGCCUAUGGAUCCGUCCAGGCACCACCAGUUCCCACCGACCUCCGUCUCCACCGCCCUCAGCAACCACCUAACCCACCAUUCGGGCUCGGCCCCUCUCUUCGCGAGACCCUCUAGUCACCACGAUCACCACUUCCGCAUGGAGCGGCUUGUCUCCGAGCAGAUCCGUCUCAACCAGCAUCACGCCCUCGGCCUCGCCACCGCAGCCGCGGCAGUAGCAGCUGCCGGAGGAGUACCGCCGCCUCACUCGCCAUUUCCGCCCCCUGGGGAUCGACCCCCCAUCGUUCCUCCCAGUUCCACUGCGAGGUCCGUCAUACCUCCACCUCCCCCCACAUUACCCCUUUCCCUCGAGCCCCAGUUGGACUUUUACUCCCAGAGGCUCCGCCAGCUAGCAGGCACUACCAGCCCUGGAGCUGCCAACGGAAGCCCCUCUCCUUCACCGAGGAAAUUGUCCCCACCCUUCACUAGUCCGAGCGGUAAUCCGCCAUCCGCCACCAGUUUGAGCGGAGCUUCUCUUGUGCCCAGCAAUAACAAUAAUAACAACAACACGAGUAACAACAACAACAAUGAGUCUCAUACUCGAUCAGAGUCAGCUACUCCCCCGGAGAAGCAGUCGCAGAUGGCGGAAACUCCAGCUAACAACUCGUCAGAGUUAACUUCCACGCCGAGAUCUGCAUCAAGUCCUCCCGCCAGCAAACCGACGGAGGCAUCACUCAGUACGGGAUCCAUGUCUGGUGAGACAGAGGGUCGGUCCAGGGCGUGUGAAUACUGUGGCAAGAGGUUCCGCUUCCAGAGCAACUUGCUGGUACAUCGGCGAACUCAUACGGGAGAGAAACCAUACAAAUGUUCUGUUUGUAACCAUGCGUGCACUCAGAGCUCCAAGUUGAAGCGGCACAUGAAAAUUCACCGCCGUUCUAACCAGGGAAACGGGGAAGCCGGUGGCGAGGGGGGCGCGGCGGCUACCAAUGGUAGUUCCAUCUCGGCACCGGACCAAAUCUCGAAUGCAGGGUCCGUCGAAACACUAGAUGACGAAGGAGAAGAGGAUGAUGAUGAGGAGAUGGACGAUGAAGAGGACGAGGAAGAAGAGGAGGAGGAGGAAGACAUGGAAUUAGAAGACGAGGAAGGUGAUGAAGACGAUGACCUUGGUGGCGAUGCGCCGGAGGAUUUAACGACAAAAUCUACAUCAUCAACACCACCGAACAGCGGUGAGAAAAACGCCCCCUCAACACCCCGUCCGACUCCUACUGCCACCCCUCUGGAGAAGGUGACUACUUCUGGAUCUCUAGUUGGCGAGUUAAUGGACAAGUUCGGGCUCAGCAACAUCCAACAGUACAAUGAGGCUUACAAACAAGCUCUACAAGAAUCAGUCGGAUCUCAUCCCUUGCAUAUAACGAGAAAAGAAGACCUUCUUCAACGGUCUCUUUUAUUAUCAGACAACAACAACAGUGGAAAAAUACCCCCGCCAUCUCUGAGGCACCUGGAGAACGGUCUGAUGGACAAGUCAGCCGCUAUGAGGUUUCGAGAAGAGUUUGCAAAGAAUCUGAUGUCCGGCCAACCUCCGAUGGAUUUAGUCAGGGGACCUCAUGGGCUCUUUGGACCCGGUACUCCUUUCGAUAAUCCUUUCGACGCUUCGAGCAAGCGCAUCAAACUCGAACUCGAAAACCAACAUCAUACAGCCUUGGGGAGAGGGCCAGAACACGAGAACUUAUAUGCAGGAUUAUGGUUACCAGCGAUGGCAGCGGCACAUCAUCGAGAACACAUGUUCGGAGUGGGAGGAGACGCCACCGUCGACAUGCUCAACCAGCGAUCCAAGUCGAACCCCGAGAACAUGCUUCUAAAAAACGGACCUAAACCGGGACCGAGUGCUCCCUCCCUGGCAGCAGCGGCGGCAGCGGCGGCCAUGAACCUCGUGCUUCCCGGUCAAACCCUGAAGAAAGAUAACCGCCGCAACGAUACCUGCGAGUUCUGUGGUAAGGUUUUCAAGAAUUGCAGCAACCUGACGGUUCACCGUAGGUCUCAUACUGGUGAGAAGCCGUACAAAUGUGAACUGUGUUCCUACGCGUGCGCUCAGAGUUCCAAGCUCACGAGGCACAUGAAGACACACGGGAGGCUGGGGAAAGACGUCUACCGAUGUCGUUUCUGCGAAAUGCCGUUCUCCGUCCCCUCCACGCUCGAGAAGCACAUGCGGAAGUGCGUGGUGAACCAGAACAACAAGUCCGGAGGCCAUAUCUUGCCGUCCAUCAUGAAGAUGGAUGAAGAGAUGAAGAUGCACAUGAAAAUGGACAUGGAAGGUCACAUGCUACGGAUGGACGACGACAUGGAGAGUCGUGACGACGGAGACUCCAGUGCGUCAGCCUCCAAAGACACCACAUGACUCUUUCCCUGGGGUGGUUUCCGCCAUCUUCCCCUUCAGAGCAUCUAUUAACUGCCACCACCACACUACACUUGGCGGAGUCCCCCCGGUCGGAUCAGAGGUUCACUGCCCGCUCUGUGGACACUGAGAGUACGAGCAAUAUCAUCAAAAUGAUAAUUUUAAUGUGAAAUCUGUGAAUGUCGCACUGCCUGUGAUUUGGGGGAAGAAUCAAACUAGUUCAAUGCGAGUUUGUGAUAAACUGUUCGCGCAGACUUAAAGACUUCCUCGGAUGUUUAAUAUGUAUACUUGUUUGUCAAUUUAUUCUUACUGUAACUGAUACCAAAGGAAUGGUUAUUAUUCUGUAGUUCGUACGUGCGUAGCCGCAACGCAUCUUUAACUAUGUAAUUAAUUGUAAGUGUUAUCUGUUUGAAACGUUUUCACAAUUUGAUCGGUUUGUUUUCUAGUUUGUUUUUAGAGUUAUAUGAAAUUUUAAUACGCAUUUUGUUGGUUUUUAACGUGUUUUAAUACAAUUGAAUUUUGGUAUAAAAUUUUGUUUUAUAUCGUUCGAUAAAUUAUAUUUUAUUGAUGAUAACGUUAUUAAUUUGUUGAUUUUGACCAUUUUUGUAUACUUAAAAAAGCAAAUAAUGUGAUGAUCAACAAUAAAUUGUUUACCGUCAAACUCCACAACUUUUACAAUUGCUGAUAUUUUCCGAAGAAAUCAAAGCAGUGUUACCUGCUAAAUAUUUUACCAUUAGACCUUACAAAUGAGUAUUAUUUUAUAGUAUUGUUUAUGUACUUAAACUAAGCCGACUUUCCAUUCGACAUUCCGCCAAACAUAGUAAUUCCAUGUUGAAGACUGCUUGGGUUUAGGUGCUUUGUAGCUUACAUCCAUAUUUUAACCGGUAAUUUGUUACUUAAUUUGUUUUGUGUUAUGACACUGAGUUUUGUUUGUACAUUUUCUUAGCUAUUAGUGGGAUCGUGCCCCUUGUAUUUUAUUAUUUACGUGUGUACAUGUGUGUAUAUCAUAAAUAUUAUGUAAAUCGGUUAUAGAUUGAUGUAAGAGCCCGGGCUAUGGGCCACCCUGUAUAAAGUAGACUAAGGUACGUGUUAAUCAACUUCGUGUGUUCUCCUAGUUGUUCAUAGAGCCCUGCUCUACAGGGAGCCAUAUUUGCCGAUGUUUGCUACAUCCCCUCACCACUUUUAAUGAAAGCUUACUUAUUUUUCUAUGCGCAGUUACCUCACCCACGUCGUGAUCCCGAUAGAUUUCCUCUAAUUUUCAGGUUUUUCAUUAUCUCAUAGAACGCAUAUCACAGGGUAAACUAGAUAUUGUAUCUAUAUAUGUCUCGUCUUUUGUAGAUGAAUAACCUCUCCGUAAAUAUACUAUAAGGUAUCAGUUAUAUAAACUACCUGGAUCCUAAUUAAUUUGGCUGACAACAAAGUGCAUUUGUUUGUAAAAUAUAAAACGAGAAACGCUAGUCAGCUGGCGGCCGAGCGUCUGAACCUCUGAUUUUAACUCGUACUAAGGUUUAAAACUGGGUUAUAAAUAGGCAUUUGUUUCAAAAUACAUACAUGUUUCACUUUAGAUGUUAGUGUCUCAAUGCUAAUGAAUUAUAAAAAAUAUAAUAACUCGUUAAAUGUUAAUUCUAAUUGUUUAUUAAAAAUCUUUAUUGGAUAUAAAUGAAAAACCAUUAGUAUUAACAGAUAAUCGUAUUAUAUAUAAUUCAUUAGCGUUGAAAUACUAAAACUUAAGUUUCUAUAGUGAAGCAUUUAUAGAUUUGAGACCAGUUCCUAUUUAGAAUUCAAUUUUAAACUUAAGCCCCAUGUUAAAAGCAGAGUCUCAGAUGCGCAGUCGCCAGCUGAUCAGCGUGUCCUCUUAAAGGAUUUAUUAAAAAAUAUUUAUAAUUAAAUUCAUAGAUAUAUAUGUCUUCUAUUAUAGUAAUGUGAAUAACUGUACUUUUGUUUUAAAGUCAAGGCAAUGGUAAUAUUUGUAAUUCGAUAUUAAAAUCGUUGUUAUAUUGUCUGCCAUUGAAAUUAAGAAUGGUCGGUGACGCCACAAUCAACUGCUAUUUGUUGUUAGCUAAUCCCGUUAUUCAGUUCAGAUUGAUUUAUUGAAAAUAUUAUUUUUUGUUAUGAUUGAGAUACUUAUUUAUUUGCUCUAUAUCUGUUUUUCAUUUAUAUAAAAUAACUGUACUCCUUAUUUAAUAAUUCUUCAAGAUGUUAUUUUUAUAAUAGUUACUUAUUUCUUAUUUUGGUUUAAACUAUGUUUUCGACUUUUGGAAAAAUUAUUUAAACGUAUUGUGAUAACUACUUAAUUUUUAUAUAAUUCUGCAUAUGUAGAUUUGAAAUUUUUUAAUGAAAUUGUUGUAAGACUUAUUUAAUAAGCUGUAUGGUUGUUUAUGUGACACUAAUGGUCUAUUGGCCUCAUCUAGUUCCUGGCCGAAAGGCUCUGUAAGAUAUACAGUAGGCCUACAUUGGCUACUCUAGUGUAUAUAAAUAUCUACAACUGUAUACAUUUUAUUAUUUAAACAAGUGUGAAAAUUAUAGUGAUUUCGUUCCCGUAUUUCAAUGACUCCAUUAUUUAUUUAUUGUAACAUUAUAAUUGUACAUGUAAUGUACCAAAACUAAGAGCGUAGAGUUGUGUAUUUAUGGAAAAAAUAUGUGAAUGAAAAUUUAAAACGUU